GUGAAGAUUCUCUAAAGAAUCUACAACAAGGUCAAAACAUGUUCAAGUCAUGGAGGAACGUGAAGAAAAAGAUCAAAGCUACAUUCAAACUGCAAUUUCAGGCAACUCAGGUGCCACGCCAAAAGAAACCUGCCUUGAUAAUAUCCUUGGUGCCGGAGGAUGUUGGAAAGACAACAUUCAAACUAGAGAAAGCUGCAGUUCAGGAUGGAAUCUGUUCAUGGGACAAUCCAGUUUAUGUGACAGUGAUACUCAUCAAGGAGCCAAAAUCAGGAAAGCUGCAUGAGAAAAUAUACCAUUUCAUUGUUUCAAGUGGGUCAUCCAAAUCAGGUUACCUGGGAGAAGCUUCGAUUGACUUUGCAGAUUUUGCUGAUGAAACUGAACCAUUGUCUGUCUCCCUGCCCCUUAAAUUUGCCAACUCUGGUGCAGUUCUACAUGUGACCAUUCAGAAGAUGCGGGGAGAUUUUGAUCCAAGAAAAAUUGAAGACAAUGAAGAUCCCAUACUUUCUAAAGACAGAAGCUUGAAGAACCAGCUGAGCAAUGGCUACACAGACAAAAACGAUGAAAGUUUUACUGAAGACCAGGACCCGGACAUUGUUUUAUCUGAACUAGACAGCAGCUUCAGCACAUCCAUUGGUGGAAAUUCUAGCUUCAAAUCAACACUCAGACAGGAUUCAAUGCCUCCAAAGGGAGCAGUUGAUGGCAGCACACCGAAAAACCACUUGCAUUGUAGAACAAGCACAGAUUGGUCAAUGGGUUCAGUGUCAGACGAAAGGUUAGUUGACUCAACAAACAGCCCUGAAGAGAACUUUCCAAGAGAAUUACAAGAAACCUCAGAUGAAUCCAUUGAAAAACUGAAAAGUGAAUUAUCUAAUCUAAUGAGGCAGUCAGAAUUAUCAGAACUGGAAUUACAGUCUCUUCGGAGACAGAUUACAAAGGAGAGCAGAAGGGGGCAGGAUUUGUCAAGACAUGUUAAGGAACUUGAAGAGGAGAGAGAUGCACUCAAAACAGAAUCAGAACUGGAAUUACAGUCUCUUCGGAAACAGAUUACAAAGGAGAGCAGAAGGGGGCAGGAUUUGUCAAGACAUGUUAAGGAACUUGAAGAGGAGAGAGAAGCACUCAAAACAGAAUCAGAACUGGAAUUACAGUCUCUUCGGAAACAGAUUACAAAGGAGAGCAGAAGGGGGCAGGAUUUGUCAAGACAUGUUAAGGAACUUGAAGAGGAGAGAGAUGCACUCAAAACAGAAUGUGAACAACUCAAGUGCUCAAAUGAAGGAGAAUCCCUGAAUCAAUUGCGAGCUGAGAAUGAGGAUUCUAGGGUUCAGCUAGAAGAAGUCAGGCGAGAACUUAGUCAUCAAAAGGAAUUGAACACCAACCUUAAGACGCAACUCCAGAAAACACAAGAUUCAAAUGCUGAGUUGAUUCUUGCUGUGGGAGACCUUGAUGAAAUGUUGGAUCAAAAAAAUGUGGAAAUAUCUUCUCUGUCUAGCAAGCUUGAUGAGGUUCAGGAGAAAAAUUGCAAAUGCAGCAAGAAAGAGGACACAGACCAACAAGCAGUGCUUGCACUGGAAGAAAAGACUAGGGAAGAUAAUGAAUUAUGUCUACUGAGGCAAAGGGUGAUAGACCUAUCUGAUGAAAUUGAUGUCUACAGGGAAACUAGAGAAAAGCUGGAGAACUAUAUCGAACAACUCACACAAGACUGUGAAGAUCUAAAGAGAGAAAACCAUGAUAUCUCUUCCAAGUUAGAGCAGGGCAAGCUACAAGAACACAAAACCUCAGAAUGUUCAGCUACUAUUAAAGAACUUGAAUCACAGGUACAAAGAUUAGAGGAAAAAUUGAAGACGCAGACAAAAGAAUUCUCAGAAUCUUUGCUUUCCAUCAACGAACUGGAAAGUCAGGUCAAAGGGUUGGAGAAAGAACUGGAAAAACAGGCACAAGGAUACGAAAAUGACCUCAAUGCCAUGACACAUGCCAGAAUUGAGCAGGAACAGAGAGCUAUCCGUGCAGAAGAGGCCUUGAGGAAGACAAGGUGGAAAAAUGCUGUUACAGCAGAGCAGCUACAGGAGGAAUUCAGAAAACUUUCAGUGGAAAUGGCAGGAAAGUUUGAUGAGAAUGAGAAGCUGACAAUGGAAUCAGUAUUUGAAGCAAACGAGCUCCGAAUACAGAAUAGAGUUCUAGAAGAGAAUCUUAAGAAAUCUAACGAAGAGCUUGCAAUGAUGACGGAGCAGAACAGAGUAAAAAUGGAAGAAUUGUCAAUGCAACUAGAUUUGAAAACAAAACAUAUGGAGCAGAUGUCAGUGGAACUAGAAGAUGCUUCCAACAAACUGAAGCAUGGAGGAGAAAUGCAAGAGGCUUUUCUAGCGGAAGUUCGAAUGCUGAAAAGUGAGAUAGAGGCCCUAAGAAAAGAGAAGAAUGGCAUCUCUGAACAGGAAAAAGAAUUGAAAUUAAGAGAUGAAACUGAAAAAUUGAAGACAUCGUCUGAAGAAACAAAGAUACUAACAGAAAUACAGAAAAGUGAAGGAGACGAAAUAGAAGAAAUAUUUGCAUUGACAAAGAACGAGGCAGAAAACACGAGGCAAGAAUUAUUCAAUUUGAAGUCCUUAAAGGAUGAAAAGGAGGCAAUGAUCAAGAACCUUUCAUCGGAACUUGAAAGCCUCAGAGAUCUGCAGGUUGAGCUAAAAAAUAGCCUGUCCGCGGAAGAACAGGAGAAAGAAAAACUUCAGCAACAAGUACUCGAAUUAAAAGGUAAGCUGCAGAAGAAGGAACAGGAAAAUACUAGUUUCAUGAAGAAACUCACAUUUUCAGAUGAAAAGAACUCGGUGCCAAUGGAUGACAGAAUACAGAUCAAAUGUGCUGCAACUAAUACUGCAAAUGUCAAUGACUUCCAAAAAAGAAAUAUUGGGGAAGACUUGCUGAAUUCUGAGAUGCACACUGCAGGAAGCAAGGGUAUUGAAAGAAAAGCAAAAACUUGCUCGAAGGAAGAACUGAGAGUUGGCACUUUCCACUCAAUGGAUGAGGGUUACCUGAUUGAACUGUUGACAGAAAUGGCACAGCUAAAAGAAAGGAACAAAUGUAUGGAAACUGAGUUAAAAGAAAUGCAAGAGAGAUAUUCAGAGAUAAGCCUCAAACUUGCAGAAGUAGAAGGUGAAAGGCAACAGCUUGUCAUGACUGUACGCAACCUCAAGAAUGGUAAGAGGAGCUAGCAUUCUAGCUCUCUAAGAUAUCGGAUGUCAGACACAGAAAUGAAGCAUUGGUAAUGCAUCUGCUAAAGCGAGCCUCUGAUGAGCAAGAUUGUUGCUCGACUAUUCUUUAUGCAUAUUGUAAAUGGAAGUCUAGAGGUGCUCGAGAAGCAGGUCCAGAGUUCAGAAAGGGAUAGAUGUUUCCUUAAAAAUAUAGUAAUUACACACUCCUGUGCUUUAUUCAGAUUUUGUGUAUUCCUUAUUUGUGAUGUUCAUGUAGCUAAUCUAGUUGAAGUAUUGGUGCCUAACCUGAAUUGUGGCUGUAUUGCAGAAAUUAAAAGCAUUAGAAUUUUAAGAUAUUCCAAUGAGUUUCCAAAUUGCAGACAUCACUGUCUAGAAUUUUAGGUUAAACAAUGGAAACAGUUUUAUGUUCA